GGUCGGUGUGGGCACAGAAGUGUGCGAGCACGGUCGGUCUGUGGGCCAAUCUGUGGCGCCGAGUCCUGGCAGGGAAGGAGCAGCCUCGCGCGGUGACUCACCUUCUCUGUCAGGACAGCGGCAUUAUGCUGCGGCGGCGAACUGAACCCCUGCAGACUAGAGUCCACCUUCAGUUUCUCGGACUUCCUCGAACUUUGUCAAACUUAGCAGUAAGUUGGACGCGCGCUCUUUAUUCUCUGGCCUCCAGAGGCUGAAACACUACUCGACUCUUCUCGCUCUGACUCUGUGCAGGCUUUUGGCUGCUUUGUUUUUAGACAAUGAAUUGCCAGCCACAUUUCCCUGGAGUACAGUUAUCAGUUUUAUUUAUCAUAAGCUUUUCUAUCGCUCAUGGAUAUCCGUCAAGUCUGUUUCAGGGCAGCCCAUAUUCAGGAGCCGUUCACAGGCACAGAAACAAAAACUGGUGCGCUUUUAUUGUCCAAAAGAACGUAAGCUGCGCAGUUCAAGGCAGCGUGGAAAGUCACGUUGAACCUGAAGCCGCGCGCUGUCCCGAGCAUCAGCCUGACUGUGAGCCACAGAUGAUAUACCGUACUCAGUUUCGGCCCACUUACAAGAUAGCAUACAAGACUGUGACCGAGCUGGAAUGGAGGUGCUGCCCAGGGUACCAGGGCCCAGACUGCAGAGAACUGAAAGGCUCUCCAAAUGGACAGACGGCAUAUCCACAAUCGUACCGACAGCCACAGCAUGGACAAACUCGACCUGCACAAAGGCCAGAACGACGAGAAACUGGACAAUAUCAUAUCAGACAAACAGCUGACAAAACCCGCAUAUUAGAGGAAGAAGUGCAGCGCCUUUCACAGACAGUUCUGGAUCUUCAAGCAGCCAUGACAGGUAUGGCUGAAAACCUGAGGACAGACUUACAAGAGGACACCAGCAAGAUGCUCAUUACCCUCCUCAAUGACAGGACUUCACCUGACAGCGCAAGAACAGGAGGCACGGAGGAGAGUGUGGUGCAUCUGGAUGGCCACCAGGCAAUGAGAGGCCGCACCCAUGGAGAAAGAGAAAUGGAGACAUUGUUGGCCAGGCUCAACGAUAUGACAGAUGCUCUCAAAAGCAAAGACGAAGCUCUUGAGGAACUGCGGGGAACAGUGACAGGGCAUGACGGGCAGAUACGAAUGCUUAUGGAUAGUUCCUCUCAAGGCCUACCAAUCACAGGUACGGCUGCUCCAGAUAUAGACACUCUUCAGACAUAUGUUGAUGGGAAAUUUGAGAAGCUCAAGAAGGAGCUUGUUGUAAACAUGGAAGAAGAGAUGGCCAAGCUGAAAAAUGCAUGUGAUGAAAAGAUUCAGUCUCUUCCAAAAACAUGUGAAGAUGGAAAGGACAGCAGCUAUGUUAGCCUUACUGAUCUAGUGCACAACAAGGAAGCUGAGCUUAGAAAGGAGAUCCGUGAGCUACGGUUGGAAUUGUCCAUGUCAGAUGGUGUAGUGCGCCCAAACCGACAAACAACCAUUGGAAAAGACGAUGGUGACUACGAUGACUUGAAGAAGGAACUUAUUCGAGUGGCAGAGGCCCAUCGUGUCCUUAAUGCCAGAGUGGACAAUGAGCUAGAGCAUUUGUCCUCACUGAAGAUAGAAGAUGUACUCGGUUCGCAAUUAGAGGACCUGGAGGACAGGAUGAACGUCACUGAGAGGAACGCUGAGACUUAUUGCUUUUAUGUGGAUGAAAAACUUACCAAGGAAAUCAAGGAUGAAGUAGCUAUGCUACGUCAACUCCUGGACCAGAAACUCAAUGCUGUGCAGGAUCAGUUCACUUCCAUGUUGAUCGAUAUGAGAAACAACUCCCUCCCGGAAACGUCUAGCGAUUCUGUCGAUGCACUGCAAAUUCAAGUCAGUGCUAACAGGUACCUUAUAAAGGGGUUGGAGGAUAAGUUUAAUGCAAUUGGGCAGAUAUGCUCAACCGACUGCAAAACCAACCUACCCACCGAAUCCCAAAAGCCAGAAGGUCUGGAUAGUCUUGUAAAGGACGUAACACUUUGUAGAAAUGAUCUGGAUGUCUUACGUUCUGAUUUUGUGAACAACAUAGCAAGGCUUCACGCAUUAGAGGAUACUGUAAAAAUGUCACCUGAAAAACAGUUUAUUAAUGCACAUAUUCAGGACACCCGCAAAAGAAUGAAUGCUUUGACUGACAAUGUUAAUGGCUUGACUGGAGCUAUAACGGGAUUGGGAGACACAGUUAGCAAAUUUAGCCAAGACCUUCACACACUGAACUCCUCAUGUUGCCAGCAGGUAAGCAGUUCCCCCCUUUGGGUAGAAACUGGUGAACCAAUCCACAACCAGAUGAAGGAGCUAAAAGACCAAGUGGAUGCACUAAACGCUCGAGUGACCAUGGAGUUGAGUGUGUGUAAGUUCAACACAACUGGAGUAGUUGAAGGUGUCUCGGCGGUGGACGAUAGGGUGACUGCUCUGGAGAAGAUCUGUGGAAGCCUUGAUGGUGACAGGAACAAUAUCCAGGGCCUUUCAGGGGAAUUGGAGAGUAAGGUGUCACAGAUGAACAGCACCCUGGGCAGUCAUUCAGGAGCGAUCACAGCUCUUCAAAACUCCCUUCUGAAUUUUCAGAGUCAGCUAGCAGGAAUGGCUAAGCAGAUCCAUAAGGACCAUGCAAGUAGAGACCAAGGACUGCUUUUUCGGCAAGAGAGACCUGCGUUUGGCCCUGACACUCGAGCUCCUACACAACCCAUGAGACCUUACGUUCCUCACAUCCACAUACCUUUGAUCAUACCACACAGAACAGUGCCAUCCCCGACCAGCCGUCCUCAUGUGCGCCAGCCACAUGUCCCACACCAGCCCUACUUCCCUCAGCCACCCGGCAGCCCCAGGCAUCCCAUCCACCCCGUACCACCCCACCAACCAGCCGUACACCAGCCAGUGGUGGUCACAGGGCAAGCCGGCCCACCUGGGUAUAUGAACAGAGUCACGGUCAGACGGGAUCAAAGCUCAGAGGACUCAAAAACACCUUUGAAGGGAUUUGCAGGUGCUCCAGGUUAUCGAACUGUCAAUCCGGUCUCAUAUAAUACCAAACAGUCUCGGCCAGAAGCUGCCCAUGUCCCAUACAAUCCUGCAUAUCAAAGGCCCAUUGCAACUCCAGUGUCCCAGCAGAACUCCUUGACAGACCCAUUUUCUUUCUCUGCUGGCCUCACACGGCAGAUGUUCUCAGGGGACUUCGGUAUCAUUUGCUUUGAUAGGGUGCUCGUCAAUGACGGAGGACACUAUAACCCUCAAACAGGGAUCUUUAUGGUGCCCGCUGAUGGCCGUUAUCUGGUGAGCGCUGUUCUAACAGCUCCGCGGGGUGAGCAUGCAGAAGCCGUGCUCUCAGUGUCCAAUCGCAGCGUGCAGAAGUUGGACACAGCGGGUUACUGGAGUGGCCACCCACGGCUGACCCGGGAUCAGUGCAUGUGUGGGGGGUCUGCGUCCUUUAGCCUCAUCCUCCCACUCCGGCAAGGUGACACCGUGGCCUUGGUGCGCACUGCCGGGAAACUGGCGAUCUCUGAUUCUAGAGAGAUCCUCUCCACCUUCAGCGCUAUAUUCCUAUACUCGCCUCAAGCCACGAGAUAACCCCAUCACUGAGAGGGAUGCUAACGUGACUUUUAACACAACAUUUCUGCAAAAAUAGAUUUUUAAAGGUGGAAAUUGGAAUGUGUUUGAGGUGGUAAAAUAUCAAUCACGAAUGCACUCGCACAAUCACAAAGAAAAAAAGAGCAUACCAUUAGAUUCUAGUAGUAUAUGUGCAACAAUCUAUAUAGUUUUUUUUUUUUAUUGUGAUCUUAAAAUAUCUAUAAAAUGUAAAAGGUUUAUAUAUUUUUUGCAACGUUAAAUUAACAAAUGCAUAUUUUUUAUUUAGAACAGUUCAGUUUGAAUAUCACUUCUUUUACAACCAAUAUUUUUUAUCUAUAAAAAAAUAAAUAAAUAAUCUACCAUGAU